UGAAAGGAUGUACUGCGGGACAAGUUUGCACGGAACCAAACGCCACAGUUAGCUAUUCAUUUACUCUUAAAAUGUGUUUCUUUAGAGCACGUGUGUAUAAAUUCAGAUAUUUUGGAAGAAAAAGAUUCAAUUAUUUGAAGAAAUCUGUGGAAAAAUAAGUACUUGCAGUAGAAUUUAUGUAAAAAGUUGGAACCGGUGUAACGAGGAUUUGUGUCGACUAGACGAAAGAUGAUCAAAGAUGCCCUCUUAUGCCUUUCUGGAUUGUUUGGAGCAUUAUUUACUGACGGGAAAGUUUCAAGUAAAUACAUCAAAAAGCUGGAAAAAGCUGGUCUCUAAAGAUAGCAAAAAGUUUACUUACAAAGAUGGCUGUUUGUGGCGGUCUUAUCGAGGCCGCCUCCUCCGUGUCGUUAGGAGUGACGAAGAAAUACGUGAGAUCCUGAUACAAUACCACAAUAACAACAACCAUGCGCGCCGGGAACGAGCAGUACGGGAAAUAAUGCUGAUGUAUUACUGGGUUGGAGUGACUGCGGCAGUAAAGAAUUGGAUAAAGGCUUGUGACGUUUGCCAGAAUCAACCUACUAAAGAGCUAUCCAAUCUGCGCGUCCAGUUUUGUCUGGUUUAUGGUUGUGAUUCUUCCAGUUACAUACACCCUGAGAUCACCUUCCACAGGUUUCCAAAGGACCCCGAGCAGCGGCAGAAAUGGCUGACAGUUGCGCAGAGGGAUGAAGGCUCGCUGCGCUCAAACUCCUACAUCUGCUCCCGACACUUUGACCCAUCCUGCUAUACCCUGAAUGAGGACGGUCAGCCGACACUAUCAUCAGAUGCUGUACCCAGCAUCAUGCCCGAUGAGGAGGUGCCCAUUCCUUCAGAUGAGGAAGUCCUGCUUUCCAACACACUGGAAGACCACCUCUCUGCAGCUGCUGCUAAUACAGAAACCGAAAAGCCCCCUCAUCCAGCCACUGAUCAGUCGGAAACCCCUAUGGAGCUACAGGAACACCAGUACUGCUCGUCAGCUCCAGACUCCACCGCAGUCCAGACGGUGAAGGAGCACACAAGGAGGAAGACUGUCAUUGAGCCAACUUUCGCCACAUACAACCAUAUCACCAGGUAUCUGAGCCACAGGAUUUUACCAACGCAAAGCAAGAAAAAUAGAAGUGCCUUAAAAAGGAUGGCCAAGCGCUUUGGCCUAAUAGAUGGAGUGCUGAUGUACACACGGGCUUCUCGACCUCUCAGAGUGCCACGCAGCAGAGAGGAGGUAAACUCAAUUCUGCAAGAGUUUCAUGACAGCAAGGGCCACUAUGGUCAGGGGGUGUGCCAGCAAGAAAUUUCAAAGCACUUCUACUGGGGCAGCAUGACUCGAGACCUGGCUAGUUGGAUCGCCAACUGCCAAACCUGCCUUAACAGAACCAAAAGGAAGUGGAUGCGCUGCAGUGUUCUUGGGUGCACAAACUGCUGUGGACCAGUGGAGAGACGUCUGGGCCUCACCUUCCACAAGUUUCCUCUUCACAAUGCAUCUCUGUUGGCAAAGUGGUUGAAGGCUACUGGCCGUCCAAACUGGCAUCCUCGGCUCCGGUCUUCCAUUUGCUCGAUCCAUUUCACUGACGACUGUUUCAACCAUAGUGGGGAGGUCAUCACCCUAAAUCCAGAUGCUGUACCUACACUCUCGGUCCAUACUGACUCAGCAGUCCCAUCCAGAGGUCCGAUCCAGCCUGCGGUGGGGGAGGAGCAGGCCAUUUUUGCUAAGUACGAUGCUGUGGAGCUCUACCUUACCAAACGCACUUACCCACCUGGGCUGAACUAUGUAGAAAAGAACACCUUUAGGAGGUUCUGCAAGAAGUUUGCCAUUAAAGACGGUGUUCUCCACACGGUGAAGGGAGACCAAAUGCGUUUGGUUCUGAGGAACAGGCAGCAGGUUGAAACCGCGCUGGUGGAUUAUCACAACGAGCUCAACCACCUCGACGUCAACAAGUGUCUCAGACUGCUGAAUGAGAGAUACUUCUGGAGAACUAUGAGGCCUGAUGUUGUGCAGUGGAUCAACAACUGCUCUCAGUGCAGCAUGAAGAAGAGGAAGAAACCGAAUAACCAAGCGGAGGUGAGAGGUUUAGCGGUUCAGACAUCAGCUCAACUGCAGGAACUGACGUCUCAUGACUUAGACAGUGCGAAUGAUGGGGACACUGAUAGUGAUGGUGAUGCAGAGGAGCAGCUGACAGUGAAUUCCAAGGACACAGUGGAUGAACCUUCUUCCAGUUUGUCCUCCCAGACUGAAAUUCCCGAUAAUCCUCAGCCCAAAAUUCCCAUCCUCCUUCACCUGAAAAGUCCCAUCAACUUACAGCCCGGGUCUCCCAAAAUCCCCUUUGUCACAAAGCUCUUGUCUGUGAAGAGAGUGACUUCUUCCCAUUUUGAAGUACAUAAGGAUCCUGAAAGCUCUAAGAAGCAAAAAAGGAUAGAAAAUCCAAUAAAUCCCCAGCCAGAGAAAACUGCACAGCCUCAAGAACAGGAAAAAACAAGUAGCCCUCAGGGCAACAAUGGGACACAACACUGCAUCCAAGCACAGCUUGUUUCAGAGCAGCAUGCUCCACUGGAGCACAUUCAGGCUCCAAGUCAAAACAGUGCUCCGGAGGCGCAUACAUCAACACAAAUCCGAAGUCAGCGCAGUGUCCAGCGCACAGUGAAGAAGAAAAGAGCCUCGGAGGCAGAUUCUUCAGCUAAAUGGAGCUCUAGUGGUCUGGAGCCUGUGAUGGCCCUGAGCACCAAACCCUGGCCUGUCUUCACCAUCGGUAGCUCUGCUGUGGAAACAACCACGAAACCUCCUCCUAAUGCUGACAGCUCAGCUGUUUUUUAUAGGCCCAUCAGGCUUCAGGCCCGAACUGUCAUUCAGCAGUGUAGUCACGCAAAGAUUAAGAUCAAACCUGCUGUGGAUGGAGCAGAUGCUCAGUGGGCAGAGAUUCAGCAGGGAUUGGUUGUCUAUGUGUGUUUCUUUCACGGAGCCACUGAAGACGUGACAAAUGACAUGGCCAACACUCUGAUGACCACCAGGCUUUUCCGGAAACAUUCUGGGCAUUCUGUGUCCCUCCUGGAUCUUCCUGGGAGUAUUUUAUUUGUCCCCCAAGACUCCCUGCUUGGGAAGCCAGCACCAAACAGAAGGAUGCAGUACAAGGGUGGAUGCGAGCUGUGGUGGGGUGCUCAGCUCUUCUCAAGUCUGGUCUCCGCCAGCAGAGAACUCAUGACAGGCUCAGCGAAGUGCACAAAUGCAGGUGUAAAGGUAGAACAUGGACUCUACGGACAGAAACAAGAAAUCACCCUGAACUCCGUGGAGCCGCAAUCUGUGCUCCUGGAGUUCUGAGAUACGACUUAACAUCAGUGUGGGACAUUCAGUACUUCAUCUGGGCUUUCUUGCAUCCCUCAUGCAAAGGUUAAACUAGUGUUUACGAAUGUUUAGGAAUUUUCCUGUUAAUAAAGUCUGCAACAAAGUCAGCUGUGGUCAAGCUAUUUUAAUUACUGCAUGCAGGAGAGCAACACACAUAAAACAUCACAGUUCUACAGCCAUGAGAGCUCUGCCCUUGAGAUGUUGCAGGUCUCUUUUACACCCUUGCACCCAACUCUGCAUCUUUUCAGUUACAACAGGUUUUUGUCCCACGGGCUGUUGCUGUGCAGAGAGCGACUAGGAAGCUCCUAGCACUGGUCUCCCUGGGAGUUUCGUCUUAUUACGCCCAAACAGUUAGCAGACAACAUACUGAAACAUCGUUAAGCAUAGCUAAGCAGUUUUCACCAGGUCAUAUUGACAAACACCAGUCACCAGUCUGCACCUCCGUAGAAUGAAAAUUAAAGACUAAAAACAGAACGUGUUUGCAGGAAAUAGCUUUAAUCCACUGAGACAUUUGGCAGGAUGGCACUGUAUUUACUGUUAAUAAACAUGUGGGAGCAAGCCUGCACAGAGUACUGGGUGUUCAGCUCAUUCUUCUGCAGAAUCUUGACUAAAAGACUCAAAACAGUUGGAAGUUCUAUAUCAAUUUUUUAGGACUUUCCAUAUUGUACAAAUCACAGAAAAAAAACAAAUUUUCAAAUGAAUUUUAAUUCAUCCACAAAAGUAAAGCA